CCCAGAACAGAAGAUAAUGAAACUCCGAUCGGGGCAAACAAAGCGAGUGCUCCCGAUCCGCAGGCAAAAGGCAGGAGAGAUCAGGCAACCAGCAGACGGAGACCGGGCGAGCAGUGCGGCCAUUGGCCCCGCCGGACACCGGGCAUAGUUACCAUUCGCCAACCGCAACCAGGGUCGCGCACUCCCAGUGGAGGUCAGGGGGUGCUCCAGCUCGUACCGACGAGCCUCGGCUCUCGGGAACCCAUUGAUCCCAACGCACAUCUACUGGAAUUUGGAAGCUGGAACUAAAAACCAAAAACACACAACACAAGAUGCCCACCACUCAGCACUCGCCACAAGGCCAUGCCCACAGCCACUCCCUGGCCCAAGGACACGCCCUCGACAGGAGCGAGGCCAAGGACGCGGCGGAGAACGGCGGCGAGGCGGGCAACAUGCCCGACCUGUCCACAUUGUCGCUGGACGAACUGAAGCAGCUGGACAGGGAUCCCGAGUUCUUCGACGACUUCAUCGAGGAGAUGUCCGUGGUGCAGCACCUGAACGAGGAACUCGACUCCAUGAUGAACCAGGUGGAGAACAUAUCAAGGGAGAACGAGAGCAAGGGCAGCCACCUGGUGGAGCUGAAGCGCCGGCUCAGCGAUGAUUACACAGCCUUAAAGACCCUGGGCGAGAAGUGCGACCAGCUGAACAAGAAGUACUUGAAGAAGUCGGAGGAGUACGCUCCGCAGCACAUAAGGGAACUCCUCCAGAUCGCCGCCUCCAAUGCCGAUGCCGACUGUGAUCGGCAUGUGGAGCACUUCCUGAACGGCAAGAUCGAUGUGCAGACGUUCCUCAACACGUACCAGAGCUCCAAGAAGAUCAGCGCCGAGCGCAAGGCCAAGGAGGAGCGCCUGGGCACCCAGCUGAGUGCCUUGGAGCGGGCCGGUAUCUAGGAUUGCCGGGGCAACACAUUGGCUGUGCAGUCCACUCAAUGUUCACCUCAAUCCGCAAUCCUCCAGCCUCCAGUCUCCAUCCUCCAUCCGCCACGAGUCGCAAUAAUAGAGUCUAAGCAGGAUAAUCAGCAGAGUGGCAGAGCUAUGCUGCCGGAUGUUUGGAUACGGCAUUGGGGAUCCACAUGCAAUCCACGAAUCGAGGAGCAGUCCUCAGAACGCUCGCUAGUUGUACGCUAUAUAUUUAACACGUGUAAAUCGGUAGAGUGGCUUGUAAUUCUAAUUAUACCCCAGAACGGAACGCCUGUGUGUUAUGUCCCAACUCCGAAUCCAGUCCCACGCCCAAGUCCAAGUCCAAAUCACAUGUAUUACCCAAUAGGCUUUAAUUGUUUCGGUCCCCCAUACGCAAUGUCCCCUGGCCAGCCCAAUCGAUAUAUUUGUACUAUGUAUAUUUAAUAAAUAUUUUCAUUUA